AGGUGGACGGUGUGGAAGUGGAGGAGGAGGAGGCAUACUCCGUACACCGAGGAUUUCCAGGUAGCAGACAGUCUACGGCCCGGGACAGAGGGACCAGGACCAGCCUCGGGAAGGAGAGCUCGUCGUGGACCCUCUUCUCCUCUCGUACACAUAUCGUGACCUACGUAUUGAAUCAUCGUUUAGUGUUGCUAGUGUUAACCUUGAACGUAAUGCAAGGUUCACGAUUCAGUGUGAUAAUGAAAUAGGAUAAUAAACUCGACAAAUCAUCAUCGAUCUUUUGAUGAGAUUAUAUUGCUAGUGAUUGGUAGUUGCCUUCGAUAGAUAAAUAUAUCGUGAUAGAUACAUAUCGAACGUUGUCAUUGGUGGAUUAUAUCGAAGAAACCACCAAUUAUUGGUGGAGAAAAAGUUUGAAAAGAAUUGAGAAGACGGAGCGUAGUGGUUCGGCCGGGAACUGCUCGGAGCACGUGCCUCGCACGCAGAAGGCGCUCCGAGCGGCACCAGGUGCGCUAAUCGAGGACCGAUUUGUGGGAACGAAAUUGUGACGGUGGUAUCGAUAAAUAGAACGUUUCAAGGCACGUACACGCGUUCACGCGUUCGUUCUUUUUAACGAAUUUCGGCGCAUCGGUCACGUGAUCUACUCGGCGAGAGAAGGAAACCGGCAAGCAGGAAUGCCAGCAGCAGCUCGUGCCGUGAAUACUUCGAGGACGAUCUCGAUGAUCGCUUCGUUGACGACUCUUUUUUUUACAUUCAUCGGGAUUGACGGCAUGGGACAUGUCAAUGGACACAACGUUGAGCGGAAUACUUUUCAUCAAGAUUCGAGCACAAUUUCGGGACCUGUGUUCAUCGCUCCAGUUGGAAAUCAAACGGCUGCUAUUGGUCGUGAAGUUGUUUUCUCUUGCAGUGUUCGUAAUAUCGGGAAAUACAAGGUUGGCUGGCUACGCGNNNCUGACCAGACGAUUCUCUCCGUCCACACGAGGACGGUGACGCACAAUGCGCGCAUCUCGGUCUCGUACGAGUCGAGCGGUUGUUCCGGGCCCGGAGCCGCGGGCGGAAGCGCGUUCGGGGUGACAGGAAGCAGCCAAGCCGCGGAGGAAGUGGUGAACGGCACGUGGCGGCUCCACAUUCGCCAGUUGAAGGAGUCGGACAGAGACUGUUACAUGUGUCAGAUUAACACCAGCCCUAUGAUAUCCGAGUUAGGGUGUUUGGACAUUCUUGUACCGCCAGAUAUCGUUUACGGAGGCGACACCAGCGCCGACUUGGCAGUUUCGGAAGGUGACAAUGCGACUCUAAGCUGUCGCGCGACUGGAAGGCCGACCCCAAGAGUGUCCUGGCGAAGGGAAGACGGAGAAGCCAUUCUCAUAAGGGCCUCUUCUGCCGGUGGCGGCAGUUUCGAGAAGCACGAGACGUACAACGGUUCGGUGCUGCAAUUCCAUCGUGUCGAGAGGCGACAAAUGGGGGCGUAUCUGUGCAUCGCCAGCAACGACGUGCCGCCCGCCGUUAGCAAGCGAGUGACACUCGCCGUGAAUUUUGCACCUGUCGUCAAAGCGCCUAAUCAGCUUCUGGGCGCACCUUUGAGCACGGACGUGCAGCUAGAAUGCUACGUCGAGGCAUUCCCAAACACAAUUAAUUACUGGGUAAAGAACCGGCGGGGCUUAGAGGACGAGAUGUUGCUCGAAGGACUCAAGUACCGUGUGAGGGAAGAACGAUCCGGAUACAAAGUUCUGAUGUGGUUGUUAAUCAAAGGAUUUACCGAGCAGGACGUAGGCAGUUACAAAUGUGUGUCGACCAACAGUCUUGGCAAAGCCGACGGCACUUUAAGGUUAUACGAAAUUAAGAUCGGUUUCGACAGAUCAUCACGAGGAAAGGAUCAGGUAUCUAUAAUCGGCGGUUUAGCCGAAGCGGCGCAAAGUUCAGGCGCCGGUAACAGCUUUAAAGGAUUAUUCGGAUGUUGGAAAAAGUUAUCGCAUUAUUUAUCGAUGUGUCUGUUCAUAUCAGUGCUACUCUGGCCGCGGUGAAGAAGGCAUCCUCUGUUAAUCACUGCCAAACUGAUAACUGCCGGAUAACUUUGUGCCAAAAGACAAAAAAUAAAAGCAAGAAUGUGUGAACGUGUGUAUUUGAGCGUAAUACAAAUCAAAGAGAGAGUAUUUGCAAUUCUAAACGAA